CAUGAUUUUUUAGCCUAGAGAAAGAUCACUGUGAUGCCGACUGGAUUGUGUCGAUUGUGUGUUUUAUUUCUGCUGUGCAGUGUUCUUUCAUACAUAGUGGCCAACAGUGAAAGCACAAAAAGACCAUGUGAUGUAACAAUUGGUCAGGAGUCAUACUCUGUAUUGGAAAAACCUCCAAUUCAUUCACUGCUAGUUGAAGAGGCACAUGAAGAUGUCACCAUCACAAUUAACUUAUACGAAAUGCCAAAAGAUAUGCUACUAGUUGCAUGGUCUUUGCAUUUAGCUGAAAAUGGGCUUGUUUCUUAUCCUGUGAUUCAGGGAAAAGUAAAGAUGUCACAAAUUCAAAUUUUACAAUUGACUGACAAAUCUCAAGUGGCUAUCUCUGAUUUUGCAAGAGCCAGUAUCAGAGUAAUUGAUAGCUUGGAGUCAACACAUUACCACCUUUACAAUGGUAACAUAGAAAUGGCAACAAAAAUUUAUGCCUCUGUAGCAAAAGAAGCUGAAGAAAUGGCUGAAACAGCAAGGACUCUUUUGAGAAAGUAUGAUGAAGAAGUUCAAAAGUUGAAAGACAUUUUAAAUGAAACAUAUAACACAAAGCAAGAAAAUUUGAAGAAGAAGACAGAUUCAGAGGUUGAAAAGGGAAAAUUAUCAUCUGAUAUCAAGAAAUUGGAGGAACUCAAAAAUCAAGCACAUAAGAAAUUUGUAGAAAUGGAGUCAUUGUUUAAUGAGGCAAAGCAAAGUGAAAAGGAUGCCCUAGAAGAUGAAAAUUUAUUCAUGAAGUUUAUAAAUGGCAUAACUAGCUGGUUUUUUUCAAGGUAUGAUUUUUUGUACAUGGAACAAAAUAAAGAUGCUGCAAUUGCUUUUCAAGCAGCAAAGUUUAAAUACUUUGAGGAAAUGGAAAAAGUAAGAGAUGCUAAGAGUGCUCUUAUAGCAAACAUUGCUGAACUUACCCAAAAUAUGUCAAAUAUAGGUGAUGUGCAGAAACUGGCUGAUGAAGCUAUUGAGUCUCUUCAGAGUGUAAUUGGUUGGUUGACCAGUGUUGUAGCAGACUUUUCUAACAUAGCAAAAUUUUGGGAUGAAAUGAGAGGACAUCUAAAUGAUUUGCAAAAGGAAGAACAAUUGAAAAAUGCUCUGUCCCUUAAAGAUGAAAAUGAAAGAGAAAGAAUCCUUGAUUCUAAUGACUUUAAGAAGGCUCUUUUGAAUCAUUUUGCCAAGUGGAUUGCAAUGCAUGAGAUGACAAAAUUUUUUCGCCACAUAAUGAAACCUGUCAGAGAUGAAUUAGCAAAUAUAGUGAGAGGAAAUUUGAAUGAAGAGGAGUCGAGAGAGAAUAUGAAGAGAAUAAAUCAAGAGCUGUUUGCUGAAGAAGCAAGGAGGCGCAAAAGAAUAAAAGCAAUGAAAAGAAACGAACCUCGAGAUGAACUUUAAGCUCUCAAGAGAACUAACUAAACAUUAUAACUGACUAUAGAAUUACAUAGGAUAUAGCAUUAGAUAGGAUUGUUUGCUUUUAGUUUUUUUCAAAUAGGCACAAUUAAAAUUUGAAUUACUGUACUUAAAAAGU